UUUUUGAGCCAAAGGAGUAAUUAUGACUCUUUAUUCUUAAGAUUUAGGAAAUCUAAAUCUCUUGUUCUGAAGAACCUUCUCUUGGUCUUUUUCUGCCAUUCUCCUUUGCUGCUUGAUGGGAGAAUUAGGGAUGGAUUUAAUGGAUUGGGAUAUAAGUAUUUAGAAGUGUCUAACUAAAACUUUUGAUAACAAGCUUAUCUGAGUUUAAUAAUUUUGUGAGCGAGCUUCCCCAUCUUUGUAAUUAAUCAUUAAAUAUUUAAAUCCUGAAUUCAGAUUAUUCUCAGAUUCUCAGAAAUUUCAUCUUAUUGGUAUUCAAAGACCUUUAAAAUAACUGGCAAACUGUGUAGAACAAGAAAGGUUCAUUUAGAGCUUUCUAUAGUUUCUAGGAUGUCGUUUAUUAAGAUUUCAUGAGGAGAUAAUUAAAAACCUGCACAAGAUUUCUUUAAAUCUCGUGAAAAAUCAUUUUUUAACCCAGCUUUAAGUGUGAAAUCCUAAAAUAUUGGAUUAAAGUCAUCCUUUGGCAAUUUUUGAUGGUUCAUAUAGAUGGAAGGACAAAGUGAAUAUCCACAACACCAUAAAGGAAGGGAAGUCUUCCCUCACGAAGAAAUGGCGAUGAAGCCUUACUCCAGAGUAAAGAAGAAAGGAAGGUGGUCUUUUGAAGAACACCAAACAUUUAUAAAUUGUCUUAAGAAAUACGGAAAGAAUUGGGAUAACAUAGAAGAAAUGGUACCAAGUAGGACAAGCAUCCAGAUUAGGUCACACUGCCAGAAGUAUUUCGACCAGAUUAAGAAGGACUUUAACAUAGAUGAUCCCAUGAAAUAUGUGCUUAAGGAUAUGGCAGAUGCUACUCCAUUGUAUCAAUUUGAGAAGCCUCAGAAAUAUGAGGAAACAAGAAAUUCAAUAGAUCCUCAUGCAACAAAAAUGAGUGGAAAAGAGUCGAGAUUCAGACCAGAAGUCAUUGGAAGUAGUAACUCACAAGCGAGAGAUAAAUAUCCCUCAGCCAUGAUGAAAAAGAGAGACUUAAAGUAUGCAGAGAAGAGCUUGGGAAACUCUCUGUCUUCAACCAUGUAUACGAAAAAGAUAUUACAAAAUAGCAACAGUCUAGAUUCUUCAACUAUACUGUCAAAAAUAGAGAACAUUUAGGAAAAAGACUGAGUCUUUUUCCUGUUUGAAUCCUUAUUCUAAUGAUGCUAUUGAAGAGGAGUUUGCCAAGCCUAAGUGCAAGUCUCAAAUGAAAGAAGAUGAGUCUCAACUGAAGAUUAAGAAAGGAUGCAAUCUACUGGCUCUAGGUGAAGGUAAAAUAAUACUUCAAGCAGAAAGGAUAGAAUCUCUCACCCCUUUACAAUACAGAAAAGUCAAUGGAGAAAUAAAUAUGAUAAUUCCUGAGUAUCCUUGUGAGAUCACUAUUGUACCCUUAAAUCAAGCUGAGACAUUUAUUAAUCCUAAAUUUCCUCAUUCUCAACUUUUUAUAAAUUCUCAUCAGAAAGUAACAGAAGCUACUAAGUUUGGCUCUUACAAUGAAAAUGCGUUCUAUGAUGAAGAUCCAUCUUCCUGAAGAGUUCCCCAGUUGCAAGGUAGAGAUUCUGGCAUCAGAUCCAUCCAAAAGACACCAUUCCAAGACGAUAGUUUCAAUUUUUCACAAAACCAGUCCUAAAAACACCCAAUAGAGGGUCUGC